UCGUUUGAUGCAAAACGUUUAAAUAAAUAAAAAUGUAAGAAACGCAAAAUGAGUCGUUUCCUUUUCACUCAAACGCAAAUGUUACUACGGACAGUAACAGCCGCCACCGCCGAGACAACCGUUGCAGUGAUAAACAACAACAAGAACAGCUUCUUCGAUCUCUUCAAAACAUCAACUUCACUCUCUCACCUCGCCCAAACCCACGCUCAGAUCAUUCUCCAUGGCCACCAAAACGACAUCCAACUACUCACAAAACUCACCCAACGUCUCUCCGACCUCGGCGCCAUCCCUUACGCUCGCGACCUCGUCCUCUCCUUCCAUAAACCCGACGUCUUCCUCUUCAACGUCCUCAUGCUCGGCUUCUCCAAGAACGGAUCGCCUCACUCUUCUCUCUCUCUCUUCUCCCACUUGAGGAAACACACUGACCUCAAACCCAAUAGCUCCACUUACACGUACGCUAUCUCCGCCGCUUCGAGUAUUCAUGACGAGAGAGCUGGCCGUUCUGUUCAUGGUCAAGCGGUCGUUGAUGGGUUUGACUCGGAACUACACGUCGGGUCCAAUACCGUCAAGAUGUACUUCAAGUUUUCGCGGGUGGAUGAUGCACGGAAGGUGUUCGACAGAAUGUCUGAGAGAGACGUGGUUUUGUGGAAUACUAUGUUAUGUGGAUACAGAGAGAAUGAGAUGUAUGAGGAGUCUGUUAAGGUUUUUAGGGAUUUGAUUAACGAGAGCUGUACUCGUUGGGACUCGACGACUGUGUUGAAUAUACUCCCUGCUGUUGCGGAGUUGCAGGAGCUGAGGGUUGGGAUGCUAAUCCAUAGUCUCGCGAUGAAGACAGGGUGUUAUUCCCACGAUUUUGUUCUCACGGGUUUCAUCUCGUUGUACUCGAAAUGUGGAAAGGUUGAAGCUUUGGAUGCUCUGUUUCGAGAGUUUUGUGCACCGGAUGUGGUGGCUUACAAUGCGAUGAUUCACGGGUAUGCUUCUAACGGCGAGACUGAGCUCUCGUUAAGGCUGUUUAGAAAGCUGGUGUUGUCGGGGGAAAGGUUGAACUCAAGCACGCUGGUGAGUUUGAUCCCUGUCUCUGGUGGUCAUCUUAUGCUUGUAUAUGCCAUUCACGGUUACAGCUUGAAAUCAGGUUUCUUGUCUCAUGAAUCUGUCCCAACCGCGUUAACAACGGUUUACAGUAAAAUGGACGAGAUGGAAUCAGCACGGAAGGCUUUUGAUGAGUGUACGCACAAAAGCUUGGCGUCUUGGAACGCAAUGAUCUCGGGUUAUACACAAAACGGGUUGACAGAGGACGCGAUAUCUCUGUUCAGAGAAAUGCAGAAGUCUGAGUUUCGUCCGAACCCGAUCACGAUAACUUGUAUUCUAUCGGCUUGUGCGCAGUUAGGAACGUUGAGCUUGGGGAAAUGGGUGCAUGGUUUAGUAAGGGGUAGCGAUUUUGAGUCUAGCAUAUAUGUGUCUACUGCUUUGAUUGGUAUGUAUGCAAAGUGCGGAAGCAUUGAAGAAGCACGCCGGUUGUUUGACUUGAUGCCGAAGAAGAAUGAAGUUACAUGGAACACAAUGAUCUCCGGUUAUGGGCUCCAUGGACAUGGACAUGAAGCUCUGAAUAUCUUCACUGAGAUGUUGAACUCCAGCGUUGCACCGUCGCCAGUCACUUUCCUCUGUGUUCUCUACGCUUGUAGUCAUGCUGGCCUGGUCAAGGAAGGUGAUGAGAUUUUCAGUUCCAUGAUCCACCAGUAUGGUUUUGAACCAACGGUGAAGCAUUACGCUUGCAUGGUUGAUAUUCUUGGCCGAGCAGGACAUUUGCAGAGAGCGUUGCAGUUCAUAGAGGCAAUGCCAGUUGAGCCGGAUCCUUCCGUGUGGCAGACACUGCUUGGAGCUUGUAGGAUUCACAAAGACACAAACCUUGCACGUACCGUCUCCGAGAAGCUCUUUGAGCUGGAUCCAGACGAUGUUGGAUACCAUGUUUUGCUGUCAAAUAUUCACUCGGCUGAUAGAAACUAUCCACAGGCUGCUACGGUCAGACAAGAAGCAAAGAAGAGGAAACUAGCCAAGGCUCCUGGUUAUACCUUGAUAGAAAUUGGUGAGACGCCUCAUGUGUUUACCUCGGGUGAUCAGUCACAUCCACAGGUAAAAGCAAUAUAUGAGAAGCUAGAGGAGCUCGAAGGGAAGAUGAGGGAAGCUGGGUAUCAACCGGAGACUGAAUUGGCCUUGCACGACGUGGAGGAGGAAGAAAGGGAGCUGAUGGUGAAAUUUCAUAGUGAGAGGCUAGCCAUUGCCUUUGGACUCAUUGUCACCGAACCAGGAACUGAAAUUCGGAUCAUAAAGAAUCUCAGGGUCUGUUUAGACUGUCAUGCCGUAACCAAACUCAUCUCGAAGAUCACAGAGAGAGUGAUAGUUGUAAGAGACGCCAACCGCUUCCACCAUUUCAAAGAUGGUGCUUGUUCUUGCGGAGAUUAUUGGUAGUGACUUGUUUUGGCCGCAAGACAAGUCAUCUUGUACUCAUAAUGUAACAUUACAUCACUCAUAAGUGAUUAUUCUUUAAGUCUUGGUUUCUUGUUAUUCAAAUAAUCUUCACAUACAUGGAAAUAAAAGGAACUAUAC